CAGCACUGAUUUCAUUUACUGAGGUGUUGGAUGGCUGCUUCAUGUGUCUUCAGAGGGGACUUCCAGUUAGAAAUGAAACUACUGUAAAUCAAAGAAGACAUGAAGGUGCAGAAAAUACUCAUCUUUCUGUUUCAUUUGAAUACUGUAGUUUCAGGUCCUGAAGAGGUAACCGGGAGAUUAUCUGAAGAUUUUAUCCUGCCUUGCUCUUUUGCACCUGCAAAAGGUGAAGUAAUUUACUGGAAGAAAGGGAACAAAAAUGUGCACAGCUACUACUACGAGAACGAUCAGCUAGAACGUCAAGACUCUGAGUACAAGGGGAGAACAUCCCUUUUUCAUGAGCAAAUUCCUACUGGAAAUGCCUCCUUGAAACUGAAUAACCUGAGCCUGAAUGAUGCGGGCUCCUACAUCUGCUAUGUGGGGACAAAUCAAGAUAAAACAGAAGUGGAAGUCAGGCUUCACGUAACAGUUUCCCCCUCUUAUGCAAUGGAAUAUGAAAAACGAGACACAGAGAGACUGUUGAAAUGUUUUGCUUUUCGUAUUUAUCCUGAGCCAAACAUAUCAUGGGCAUAUAACAGUACAUCUAUGCAAAAUACAAAAAUAGAAGUAACCCAAGAUGGCCGUCUCUAUUCAGUUAGAAGUGAGCAGAAUGUUACAAACAAAGUUUCUUCUUACCAGUGUCACAUUCAGUUUCACAACGAAAACUGGACUGCUGAAUGGAAAAUGGAAGAUCCAUUUUUUAAAAAGGAAGGAGAUACUGUUUCAAUUCCAUGUGAAUUUAUGGCUGAAGGGUCUCCAUAUACUAAAGACUUCAUAGUUACUUGGACAAUAAUCAGAAGUGCAUCUACCUUGGUUCUGGCAUCUUCCGACAACCCAUCACAAACCCCUGAACAGUUUAAAACUCGAUUCUCUUGGGAGAAAAUCAAUGAACAGGACUACUCAGUAAUCUUAAGGGAUCUUACUCUGGCAGACAGUGGAGAAUACAUGUGCAAUAUUUCAACACCGCACUAUACACAACUCACUGUAAGAAUUUUGCACGUUGGGGAAAAAUCCUCACAUUACUACUGGAUAGCUAUAGUGCUGCUGAUCCUCAUCAUUGCCUUUGUUGUGUGGUGUGUUGUGAAGAGACGGCGGCGAACUGAGGCAUAUUAGAAAAAUAAAGAGAGAGCACAGAUAAAAUGGCUGCAUAUGGACAGUUUACAAUGUAAUGAAGAAGGAAAAGAUUUUGUAACAUAUGAUCAGAAACUUGAGCAAUAUUUUAAUGCAAAUGCUAUGGAAGAUAUAGAUGACUGUUUCCUAAUAUUGGUGUGUACAACCACUUUUGCAGUACGUAAAAGUUUUCUGCAAGAACCUGACAAGCUGGAAUAUGAGAACAUAAAAGAAAUUCUAAAGAUGCAUUUUUGUGCCUACCACCAAUUUUUUAACAGAACCAUAUGUUUCAUCUAAGAAACCAGCUAGAAGGAGAAAGUAUCUCUGAAUUUUUGGCAACCCUGAAAAAACUGUCCACUAUUCUGUUUUGGUAAUUUUCUGAAGGAGCUCUCAGAUCAAUCUGAAUUAAGAAAGAGGUUGUUGGACGUUGUGUAUCACAAGGAACUGCCACUAGAUGAAGACUGCUCUAUUUGAAUCCACACAAAAAGUCCACCAAAAUUUGAAAAUAAAUUGGCCUCAGCAUGCUGGGCUGGAAAGAAGGGCCUCAGCAGUGGAUGAAAGAAACACCACCACCUCUCAUAGGAUCCAAACAGAACAAAGGGAGCCCUGUUUCUGCUAUCUGGGGACACAACACCGGCAGGAGCACUGCACCAGGGUACAGCGAAGGAUCUGCCAAAAGGAAGCCAAAAUGUCUACAUGUAGGUGCCACCAUCCUAGUUAGGUGGUGACUGUCAGGGUUGGAAGCAGGUCCCCUGGGGGAAAGGAUGCAUGAGCUAUACCAUUUCACAGAACUGUAUGUGGAGGGAAAUGGGACAGACAUAUCAUGCCUUGUAUUAUGAUAAUGUAAGGGUAAAGGACAUGAUAUUGACAAUGGAAGCAGAUACAGGAGUGAUCAUAUCUGUGAUUUCUGGGGGCGGGGGGAGGGUGUUUAAAAUUUUUUUCCCUGGGUUAAGAUCAAGAGAAAUAAUGUACUUGGACAGCAUUACAAUUAGGGGCCGAUAGCUGUGUAAUGCAGCCUCCCCAUUACUGUAAUUUGUAUAGAUAUCUAUUCACCAUUAAUUGUGAGUGAAGGAAAUCUCCCUUCUCCACUGAUGGGCACAAAUUAGCAAUACAAGUUUAAACUGGAUUGGAGAGCGGUGCACUACGUGCUGGACAGUGAGGGAACUAAAAAAUACAAAGCUGUCGGUGGAUUGGACAGAUGUGGGUUUGGAAAGAGGCAAUAACUGUGAGGCUAGUUGUGUCUGACAAGGCCUAAAUUCCUGAAGGCUAGACCUGUGCCUUAUGCUCCACAAGAGCCUGUGGAAAAGCAAAGUGAAAAACCCACAACAUAAACCUCCCAGGUUUUUCUGCCUCAGGCAGUGAUGGUACAAAAUUACAGGGGAGGGAUGAAGUUGGGGGGAAAAGUGUGGUAAAGAAGAUAUUGGACCUAAUGACACAUUUGAUAGUGACAAUGAAGAGGUACAUUGACUAACUGUUACCACAUAAAAGCUCAGUAUGAUUACAGAAGGUGGCCCCUGAAGCAAGAAGAGAUUGUUUGGGUUUUUGUUGGCUGGAGGAGGAGGAAUUGGUGCUGGAAGAUGGUGGCCAAGAAGUGAAGAGUGCCCCUGCUGGGCCUGAGGAAAAAGUUUGGGUAGCCCUUUCUUUCCCUGACAAGUACCACUGGCCACAACCUGUAGCAAAAUGCCAAAUCCAGCUGUAAGGUUAAACUUGUAAUUUGGUUUUUAUGGUUGUGUUUAUUAAUUAAGGAAUUUACAAGGGAGGAGUGUGCUGUUUUGAGGAAUAUGUUGGAAUUGUAAACUAUUGCUUUAAGAGCAGGGUGAGGGUGAUUCCCUUGUCCUGCCUUGCAGACUAAUUGGGGCUCUGUAGCAAAGCAUGAGAUUGGCUCGGAAUCGCUUUGAAAAGAGCUAGCUUAAAGCAAGGUGGGGAGAGUUGGGCCUCCCUGCUUUAGGGAGCAGCCUGUUUUUUUUUUCCUCUCUGUGUUUGUGUGUUAUUGUUCAGGAUUCUACAAAACACGGUUAUGUUGCAACUUUUCAGCAACAGUAGCUAUGUGUUUUAGCUGCUUCUGUGUGCAUAUGCUGUGCACGUAACAGAAAGCAGGCUUGGAUUGCUGAGCAAGAAAACUGUCUGCUGCUGUUUGCUCCUACUAUAUUCAGGGAAACAGGACACUGGGCCACAUUACUUAGAAUUCAGAAUGAUAGCACAUAAACUGCAAACCAACACUAGUAUCAAUAACAAUCUGGCUGGGGAAGCACAGCUGGGCUGAGUACACACACUGCCAAAAUUGAAGGGU